AUGCGACUGAAGUCGCAACCUUUUCCCUUAGGCUCUUACCACCCCCACCCUCUCUCUCUCUCUCUCUGUAAUGUUUUUGCGUUUCCUCACCCCUCACACACUAUCUCUCUCUCUCUCUCUCUCUCUCUCUCUCUCUUUGUUUCUUCAUUUUCUCGAAACUCGUUUGUUCCUUCUGUUCAAUUCUAUCUAUCUAUCUAUCUAUCUAUCUAUCUAUCUAUCUAUCUAUCUAUCUAUCUAUCUAUCGUGACCGAGGAUGUAGAUUUUCUUUUAGACUUAUCUUUUUAUAAAUCUCUGCAGAUUUCUGUUUCCUGCGUUUUUUUUCAUUCAUUUCUUGUAGAUUUUUUCAGCGAUUUUCGUCCACAGUUUUCUUUCUUUUCCUUCAGCUUUUUUCAAAUCAAAGGUGCUUCUUUCUUUCUUUCUUUGUCACUAAUCCAUUCAUUUGCUUUUCCUUCUUUUUUACUUUGUUCUUACCUCCCUUUCUUUCUUUCUUUCUUUCUUUCUUUCUUUCUUUCUUUCUUUCUUUCUUUCUUUAUUUAUUUGUUUGUUUGUUUGUUUGUUUGUUUGUUUCUUUCUUUCUUUCUUUCUUUCUUUCUUUCUUUGUCUCCAAUCCAUUCAUUUGCUUUUCCUUCUUUUUUAUUUUCUUCUACUUUCUAUUACCUUUUCGUGUUUUCUCUCGACUCCACCCUCCGCUCUCCGCUCCCCGGUAUCUCAUUCGGUUAUUUCUUAUUUGUUGCUUUAGGACAUGAUUACUCUUUCAUUUCUCAUUUUAAUUUUACUUCUUUCCUUAUUUCUGACUCUCUCGUUGUUGUGUCGCUUACCCACCUCCUAGUCUCCACCCUUUCACCACCCCCGAUAUCUCCCACCAACCUCACCUCACCCCCACUCAAAGCAAUCGAACUUCAUAUACGAAGCUUUAUUGUUUGA